AACAGCAGCAUGACGAGCCUGACUCUCAUCUUCGUGGCGAUUGCCAUCGUCUCCGUCGCCUAUGCCAAACCUCCUCAGAAAAUCGUCGGUGGUGCAGUAGCUUCGAAAGGCGAAAUCCCGUACAUUGUCUCACUCAACAAGAACGGCCGUCAUUUCUGCGGAGGCAGCAUAAUCAGUAACAGACAUAUUCUGACAGCUGCGCACUGCGUCUACAGUUUCACCCCAUCAACUCAACGUUCGCUGACCAUCAGAGCCGGUUCCUCAUCCUCUACAUCUGGCGGAAAAACGUACACAGUUGACAAGAUCGAGUUGCAUCCAGAGUACAUUGAUCAGGCAGGAUCACCACCGAACGACAUCGCCAUAAUUAGGGUGAAAGAGACCAUCACCUUGGACCAAAACACCAAGAAGAUAGACCUGGUGACCGCAGAACCAAAAGCUGAUGCUUCCGUCGUGGUGUCCGGCUGGGGAUUGCGCAGCUCCCGAUCUAGACUAACAUCUACCGAGCUGUACACAGUGAAGAUAAAAGUUGUGUCACCAAGUGCCUGCCGAAAGAGUCACGCAAGAGUAAUCAAGAAUACCCACGUCUGCGCAUACGGUUCAGUUGGACAUGGAGUUUGCAUGGGAGACAGUGGUGGCCCGCUUGCGCUUAAUGGUCAACUCGCUGGUCUCGUGUCAUUUGGUCUGCCUUGCGCUAUUGGACACCCUGAUGUCUACACCAGUGUCUACCACUACAGGGAUUGGAUCAGCAAAUCUUGGCUAUUGCUGUCAUUGGUGAUUGGAAUUGUGCUGUUUCUUUUCAUCAUGCCUGCAAGGUUUCUGGAUAUGAUCAAUCUCUGCUUAUUUGGGAUAAUAGUGCAAGCCACGACCGCAGUUACAGUGGCGAAUUUUCGGAUGAGAGCGAAGAUCGUCGGUGGUGUCGACACAAACGACGCCGAAUACCCAUUCUUGGUUGGUAUAAGCACUGAGGAUGGCUUCUGCAGCGGCAGCAUCAUAUCAAGGCGAUAUAUCCUCACUGCUGCCCACUGCGUCGCCGACCUCAAAGCUUCAGAUCUUCCUCAUGUUUCCGUCCGGACCGGGAAUUUGAGGUCGAGAACAUCAGGCGGCAAUGUUUAUGGGGUCGAGGAGAUAGGCAUUCAUAAGGGCUUUGAAAAUAACGGCAAUUUUCCACACGACAUAGCGAUUAUAAAGGUGAAUACGACAAUCAAGUUUGAUCGAUAUACCCAGCCAAUUUCAUUAUCGGAAUCGGUACCCCGUGUGUCUAACAAGGUAACUGUUGUCGGUUGGGGACGCAUUGCCCCGUUGAAUCGCACUCCCCCGCGAAAACCACAGAAGGUGGACGAGGUAGUGAUCUCACGGAAAAGCUGUGCCAAAGUUCAUCGGCCAGAUCCCAUUGACAGAACUCAUAUUUGCGUUAUGGGAAGCAGACGAUUUGGAAUCUGCGCUGGAGACAGUGGGGGUCCAGCUCUCUUCAAUAACGCACUCGUUGGAAUCACAUCGUUCAGCGGUCCCUCGUGUGCACGCGGCGUCCCGGAUGUCUUCACCAGUAUCCCGUAUCAUCUUGAGUGGAUUGAUAAUACCAUCAGGGAGAUGAACACAUUUUCGACGUAACUCGUCACCACUUUUAUAUCGUUCAUCAUUCUUUCCAGUCAUUUCCCAACGGUUCACGAUAGAAGAUCAAAUGAAGAUCUUCAAAGUUUGAAUAAAAAAAUUACUGCAAAAUGGUUGAUGAUCUUCGAGAUGAACACAUUUUCGACGUAACUCGUCACCACUUUUAUAUCGUUCAUCAUUCUUUUCAGUCAUUUUAGGUGAUUCCAGAGAUAUUCCGAAUCUCGUCUGAUCUCAUUAUUUAGUGGCGAUGUAAGUUUUUGGAAUAAAGAAUUUGUCGUGAUUUUUUAA